ACAUAUAACAAUAAACAAAUAAACGCAACUUCCAAUAGUCCCAACAUCAUCCAUGGAAAAAUACUCUACUAUGACAAACUCCAUAAACAAAAAACUUAACACUAAAAUAACCAUAUUGUCUUUCUUUAUCCUACUAUAUCCUCUAGUUGCUAACUCAUACAAACCAGAUUACAUUUUAGCCAUCAAUUGUGGUUCAACCACCACUACUGCCUUAGAUAAUCGAACUUGGGUUGGUGACAUUAUUGAUAACACAAAUCUUUUUUCCUUCAUUGAGCCACAACAAGAACCUAAUUCCCUUUCAAAUACCGAAACUCCAUACACAUCAGCACGUGUCUCUCUCUCAAAUUUCACUUACUCAUUUUCUAGCAUCAAUAGUUCUCCUGUUUUUAUUCGCCUUCAUUUUUACCCAACUUCUUAUCAAAACUUUGAACCCUCCAAUGCAAAUUUUUCUGUCAAAGUAAACAACAACCUUACCCUUCUUAAAAACUUCAACCCUUUACAUUGGCUUCAAUAUGAUGAUGAAAAAAUCACCAAAGAAUUUUGCAUCCAUAUCGAACCAUAUGAGAAUCUAGACAUAACUUUCAUUCCCAACAGCACAAAAUCGAAUCCUUAUUAUGCUUUUAUUAACGGAAUCGAAAUCGUGUCUAUGCCUUCUUUUCUCUAUUAUACUGAUCUCGAUGAUACAAACUAUCAUUUAAACUUACUUGGCUUUGACGACAGUGCUAGCGAAUUUCCAGUUCGUAACGACAAAGCAUUGGAGACGGUUUAUAGAGUGAAUGUUGGUGAUAAUCAAGUUCCACCAAAUGAUGAUACCGGUAUGUUUCGUAAUUGGGACAACGAUUUUCCUCUUUACUUGGAGAAACAAUAUCCAAAAUCUGUAUCAACUGCUUUUGGUUACCAUCUCAACUAUGUAAACAAUACGAUUCCAAAUUAUACUGCACCAGAAGCUGUUUACUUAACUGCAAAAAGUUAUGGAAUGAAUGAAACACACAAUUAUAAUGUAACUUGGAACUUUGAAGUUGAUUCUGCUUUUAUUUACAUGGUAAGGUUACAUUUUUGUGAGUUUGAUUCGCAUAUCAAGAAUCCAGGCGAUAAAGUAUUUCAGAUUUUCAUAAAUGAUAUUUUGGCUGAGGAAAAGGCUGAUGUGAUAAGUUGGAGUGGUGGUAACAAGAUUCCUGUUCAUAAGGAUUAUGCUGUGACUAUGGACACUCUAAAAGGAAGUUCUCAAAAUGAAAGAGCUAAUCUUUCAAUCAAGUUACAACGAGCACCAAAAACUAUCCUCACACGAUACCACGAUGUCUUACUGAAUGGAAUUGAGAUUUUGAAAGUAAGUGAUAACAGUAACAAUUUUGCAGGAUUAAAUCCCAAAUAUUUAUCUCCAUUGCCAGUAUCAAAUAAACAACCAAGGUCAAAGAAAUCAAUCUUAUUGGUUGGAUCUUCAUGUCUCUUGCUAACAUUUGUUGUUGUGGGAACACUGUUUUGGCUAAGGAGAAGGGUUAAGAAUGGUAUGGGAGAUGAUAACAGGUCGAAGACAAAGAAUGGAGGGUCACAAUCUUUGCCUCCCCAUUUGUGCCGAUAUUUCACAAUCAUGGAGAUCAAAGCAGCCACAAACAACUUCGAUGAUGCUUUCAUCAUUGGUGUUGGAGGAUUUGGCAACGUCUACAAAGGCUUCAUUGAUGGAUCCACACAAGUUGCGAUAAAACGCCUUAAACAAGGCUCUCAACAAGGUGCCAACGAGUUCAUGAACGAGAUCGAGUUACUAUCCCAACUUCGCCACAUUCACUUGGUAUCUCUAGUCGGAUAUUGCAACGAUGGCAUUGAGAUGAUUCUGGUUUAUGAGUUUAUGCAACACGGUACUCUCUGUGAGUAUCUCUAUGGUUCCAAUAACCAACCUCUACCGUGGAAGUUAAGGCUUGACAUUCUAUUAGGUGCAGCAAGAGGGUUGAAUUAUCUUCAUGCUGAGGUAAAACACAAGAUAAUACAUCGUGACGUGAAGAGCACCAACAUAUUGUUGGAUGAAAAAUGGGUGGCUAAGGUUUCUGACUUCGGGUUAUCCAAGGUUGGACCGACGGGGAUAUCGACCACACAUGUUAGCACAAUGGUGAAGGGUAGUCUUGGGUAUUUAGAUCCUGAGUAUUAUAUGCUCCAAAGGCUGACUCUAAAAUCAGACGUGUACUCGUUCGGUGUGGUGCUUCUUGAGGUGUUGUGUGCUAGACCACCUUUGGUUCGUGAUUUGGAUAAGAAGACUGCUAGUCUAGUUUGUUGGUUUCAAAAAUGUUAUGAUGAAGGUGUGGCAAUUGAACAAAUAAUAGAUCCUUUUCUAAGGGGUUCUAUCACGAAUGAGUGUUUGGAAUGCUAUUGCAAGUUGGCAUUGAGUUGUUUGCAUGAUGAUGGAACUCAACGACCCUCAAUGAGUCAAGUGGUUGGUGAUUUAGAGUUUGCUUUGCAAUUGGUGGUGAGGAAGGGAGAUAACCAAUUUGGUACAACCCAAAAAGAGGAAACACUUGUGAAAAUACCACAGUUCUCUCAGUUUAUGAGCGAUGAAGAGAGUGACAUUCAUUUUGCUAGAUCACACUCAUACAAGGAGAGCACAGCCUCAGCGAGGCUAAAUACUCAAAAUUAUUCUUUCUUUGAUAUUGGAAAUCAACGACCACGAUCACAUUCGAGUGAAAACCUCAAAGUCUACAUUUAGCAAUUCAUAAGGAACAUUACAUUAUAUAUAUACAUAUAUUGUAAGCUUAUACUUUUAAAUGUAAAUCAUUCAAUACAAAAUUUGUAGUAAGUUUUCACGACCAAUAUGUCAAUCAAUUUCAAGAUGCUUUGUUCUCUCACGGAAUACAUGUUUGUCUGCAUUAUGUAUAACAUUGAGGCUGUCACAAUAGAGGACAUGAGGUUUCUUAAAUUUG